CUCUCUGAUUCUCUUCAUCUCUCCUCUAAACUCAAUCUGCUCAUCAGUCGAGAUGCUGAUAAUAUUCUACUGCUUUAUUCUCUCUCUUCUGUCAUCUGUCAGAUGUGCAAAAGUGAUCACACAGAAACCUCCUGUACUGACAGAAGAAAAAGGGAGAUCUGUGACUAUGGACUGUAACAUUGAAAAGGCAGAGAAUUAUUAUGUCAGCUGGUAUAAACAGAUUCCAAACACAGCUCCUCAGUUUGUGUUGAGAUACUAUCAUGGUCACAGCGCCCCUGACAAAUAUGGAGAUGGUUUUACCUCCAGCCGCUUCACAUCUAAAACUACGUCAAAUAUUGACUAUCAGCUGAUCAUCAGUAAUGUGGAUGUGGAUGAUUCUGCAGUGUAUUACUGUAACACAUGGGACGGCUCUGUUAGUGAGGUGGUAUUCGGACAAGGAACAAAACUCAUUGUGAACGAUGCAGCAGCUGCUGCUCCUGAGCUGAACAUCCUCCGUCCAUCCAGAGAAGAGCUGAGCUCCAGUAAAGUCACUCUGGUGUGUCUGAUCAGUCACAUGUCUGGGGCUUUUGCUGAUGUGCGUUGGCUUGUGAACGGGAACUCAGUUACUGAAGGCGUCUUCACUGGAUCUGCUGAACAGCAGCCUGAUAAGAAGUUCAAGACGAGCAGUUAUUUAAGCAUUGAGAGCUCAGAGUGGGACAAAGACACACAGCUGACAUGUGAAGCGACUGCUGCCUCAAAAACCUCCAGAAAAAGCAUCAAGAAAUCUGACUGCAGCGACUGAACUGCUUGAUUUAUGUGAGAGUAAUUCAGUCUGUUUGCGUAGAGUAGAAGAAAACAUGGAUAGAAUCUAGCAAAAAUAAAGAAAGUAUUGGUUGCUUCAUCUUCUGAAUGUCAUUUUAUGUUUGAAUGUACAUUAUUGUGCUUUAUAAACUCAAAUAAACUGCAUGUUAAUCAAA